AUGGCACUUGAAAUAUUUUCCACUGAAAUCAUAGACGUAUUAGAGGGGCAUAGACAAAACGUGAACACUUCCAGCAUCGUGAGAUCCUCCGUAGGACUCGUUGGAUCAGCUUUAGCAAUUGGGGGAUUAAUAGCAGCAUCAUUCACAGCAGGAGUUUCUCUUGGUUUAGCAGUUGCAGGUGGCGUUAUUGGUACACUUGGUAGUGCAACUGUCAUGGGAACCAAAGUCACUGAGUUCGUUUUAAGUAGGGAUGCAAUACCAAUGCUAGAGAGAUAUCAGAUGAAUUUGCGAGAAAGAUCACGAUGUAUGGAAAACUCUUUAUCAGAUCUCCAAAAAGAGAUGGAAAGGUUUAUAACGGAAGACACAGACAUCAUCAACACAACAGCUGUUCAAACAGCUACUGGGGCACUGCGCAUGCUGGGUGGUUUACCAAUUAUCAUUGUACGCGUGAUCGUACGGGCAGUCACCCUUGCCGAUGCAGUUUUGCCUCCAUUGUCAAUAAUCCUUGAUUUGGGCAUACUUGGACAUAGCAUCUAUAAUCUGAAAAGGGGGUAA